UUCCCGUCCAGAGCAGCCAGCCCGAACAGAGGCCAGAGGGUUCGUCAGAGCCACAUGGUGGAAACUCCAGCAGAGGGUUUUGAAAGCAGGUUGCACUUCAUUCUUGCUGAGGGAGUGCACGCGUGUGUGUGUGUGUGUGUGUGUGUGUGUGUUUGCAGCGCCCCUGGGUCUGUGUUUUUAUUGUACUUUCCUGCUGGUUUCCAGCUGCACCGCCAGUUCCGGGGAGGGCCCUGGGCCAGCGGCUGUCAGUCCCCACCUCCUUCAUAAAGUCCUGGCCUCGGGACAGUCCGCACAGCUACCCAGCCUGAGACGGGGCAGCCCGCAGAGCUGCCCAGCCUAGGGAGACAGGACAGACCUGUCCCACUCACUCUUUCCCCUACCGCUCCUGCCGGCAGCUCGAACCAUGGGAGGCCGCGUCUUUCUCGCAUUCUGUGUCUGGCUGACUCUGCUGGGAGCCGAAACCCAGGACUCCAGGGACUGUGCCCGGUGGUGCCCUGAGAACUCCUCGUGUGUCAGCGCCACCGCCUGUCGCUGCAAUCCAGGGUUCAACUCUUCAUCUGAGAUCUUCACCUCCCCCACGGAGAUUUGUGACGACAUCAAUGAGUGUGCGCCACCGUCGAAAGUGUCUUGCGGAAAAUUCUCGGACUGCAGGAACAUAGAGGGGAGCUACGACUGCGUGUGCAACCCGGGAUAUGAGCUUGUUUCUGGGGCAAAAACAUUCAAGAAUGAGAGCGAGAACACGUGUCAAGCGCUUUGGGAGGCUGAGGCGGAAGGAUCUCUUGAGGCCAGGAGUUCAAGACCAGCCCAUAGCAACAUAACAAGACCCCACCCCUAUAAAAGGGGAGACCAAGACGUGGACGAAUGUCAGCGGAACCCAAGGCUCUGUAAAAGCUACGGCACCUGCGUCAACACCGUCGGCGGCUACACCUGCCAGUGUCUGCCUGGCUUCAAGUUCAAACCUGAGGACCCGAAGCUCUGCACAGAUGUGAAUGAAUGCACCUCCGGACAAAACCCAUGCCACAGCUCCACCCACUGCCUCAACAACGUGGGCAGCUAUCAGUGCCGCUGCCGCCCGGGCUGGCAACCGAUUCCGGGGUCCCCCAAUGGUCCAAACAAUACCGUCUGUGAAGAUGUGGACGAGUGCAGCUCCGGUCUGCAUCAGUGUGACAAUUCCACCAUCUGCUUUAACACCGUGGGUUCGUACACCUGCCGCUGCCGCCCAGGCUGGGAGCCCAAACAUGGAAUCCCGAAUAACCAAAAGGACACUGUGUGUGAAGAGAUGAAUUUCCUCACCUGGACCCCGCCCCCUGGAGUCCACAGCCAGACGCUUUCCCAAUUCUUCAACAAAGUCCAGGACCUGGGCAGAGACUUCAAGACAAGCUCAGCCAAUGUCACCAUCCAGAACCUCAUCAAAUUGGUGGACGAACUGAUGGAAGCUCCUGGGGACAUAGAGGCCUUGGCCCCACCUGUCCGGCACCUCAUAGCCACCCAGCUGCUCUCAAACCUUGAAGAUAUCCUGAGGAUCCUGGCCAAGACCCUGCCUGAAGGCCCCUUCACCUACCUUUCCCCUUCGAACACAGAGCUGACCCUGAUGAUCCAGAAGCAGGGGAACAAGAACGUCACUAUGGGUCAGAGCAAUGCACGCAUGAAGCUGAAUUGGGCUGUGGCAGCUGGAGCCAAGGACCCAGGCCCCGCCGUGGCGGGCAUCCUCUCCAUCCAGAACAUGACGACAUUGCUGGCCAAUGCUUCCUUGAAGCUGCAUUCCAAGAAGCAAGCUGAGCUGGAGGAGAUCUAUGAAAGCAACAUCCGCGGUGUCCGACUCAGACGCCUGUCGGCCGUCAACUCCGUCUUUCUGAGCCACAACAACACCAAGGAACUCAACUUCCCCAUCCUGUUCGCCUUCUCCCACCUUGAGUCCUCCAGUGGGGAGGAGGGAAGAGACCCUCCUGCCAAGGACGUGAUGCCUGGGCCACGGCAGGAGCUGAUCUGUGCCUUCUGGAAGAGUGACAGCAACAGGGGAGGGCACUGGGCCACCGAGGGCUGCCGUGUGCUGGGUAGCAAGAACGGCAGCACCACCUGCCAAUGCAGCCACCUGAGCAGCUUUGCGAUCCUCAUGGCUCAUUAUGACCUGGAGGACUGGAAGCUGACCCUGAUCACCAGGGUGGGACUGGCGCUGUCACUCUUCUGCCUGCUGCUGUGCAUCCUCACCUUUCUGCUGGUGCGGCCCAUCCAGGGCUCGCGCACCACCAUACACCUGCACCUCUGCAUCUGCCUCUUCGUGGGCUCCACCAUCUUCCUGGCCGGCAUCGAGAACGAAGGCGGCCAGGUGGGGCUGCGCUGCCGCCUGGUGGCCGGGCUGCUGCACUACUGCUUUCUGGCCGCCUUCUGCUGGAUGAGCCUCGAGGGCCUGGAGCUCUACUUCCUUGUGGUGCGCGUGUUUCAGGGCCAGGGCCUGAGUACGCGCUGGCUCUGCCUGAUCGGCUAUGGCGUGCCCCUGCUCAUCGUGGGCGUCUCGGCUGCCGUCUACAGCAAGGGCUACGGCCGCCCCAGAUACUGCUGGCUGGACUUGGAGCAGGGCUUCCUCUGGAGCUUCCUGGGGCCGGUGACCUUUAUCAUUUUGUGCAAUGCUGUCAUUUUCGUGACCACUGUCUGGAAGCUCACUCAGAAGUUUUCUGAAAUCAAUCCAGACAUGAAGAAAUUAAAGAAGGCGAGGGCGCUGACCAUCACAGCCAUCGCGCAACUCUUCCUGUUGGGCUGCACCUGGGUCUUUGGACUGUUCAUCUUCGACGAUCGGAGCUUGGUGCUGACCUAUGUGUUCACCAUCCUCAACUGCCUGCAGGGCGCCUUCCUCUACCUGCUGCACUGCCUGCUCAACAAGAAGGUUCGGGAAGAAUACCGGAAGUGGGCCUGCCUAGUUGCCAGCGGGAGCAAGUACUCAGAAUUCACCUCUACCACGUCUGGCACUGGCCACAAUCAGACCCGGGCCCUCCGGGCGUCAGAGUCUGGCAUAUGAAAGCACAUGGUUCUGGACGGUCCAGCAGCUCCUGUGGCCGCAGCAGCUUUGUACACGAAGACCAUCCAUCCUCCCUUCGUCCACUGCUCUGCUCCCUCCACCCUCCCUCCCUAAGCCCCGUGUGUGCCACCAGGAGGGAGUGGCAGCUAUAGUCUGGCACCAAAGCCCAGGACACCCAGUGGGGUGGAGCCGGAGCCACUGGUCCUACUGCUGGCUGCCUCUCUCCUCCACCUGAUGACCCAGGGCAAGUACAGGGGCUAGCCCAGGGCUGCAGCGUGUUGCCUUGGCACCUGGGGCUAGUACUCAGGACAGACUGUGGGCUCGUCCUGGCCUGGACUUUUUCCUCUCACGUCUGCUGCAGAACUGAAGAGACUAGGUGCUGGGGCUCAGCUUCCUUCUUAAGCGAAGACUGAUGUCAGAGGCCCCAUGGCAGAGCCCCUUGGGGCCACUGCCUGAGGCUCACGGUACAGAGGCCUGCCCUGCCUGCCCAGGCAGGAGGUUCUCACUGUUGUGAAGGUUGUGGAUGUUGUGUAAUGUGUUUUUAUCUGUUCAAACUUUUCAAUGUUGACACUUAAAAUUAAACACAUGCAUACAGAAGA